AUGGUUUGUAAAACAGAUAUUUCUCCAAUUAAUUUAUCAUUAUGUGGAUGUGGAUUUUUGGGUGUAUAUCAUGUUGGUGUUGUAUCUGCAUUUAAAGAAUGUGCACCUGAAGUACUUGAUGGUAAAAUGGCUGGAUGUUCAGCUGGUUCACUUGUUGCUGCAUGUGUUAUGAGUGGUUGUUGUCUUGGACAAAUGUGUAGUGAUGCACUUGAAAUAGCAAUACGAGCACGUAGUCGUGCUUUAGGACCAUUACAUCCAACAUUUAGUAUUGUUGAUAUAAUACGUAAUGGUUUAAGAAGAAUUUUACCACCAAAUGCACAUGAAAUAUGUUCAGGACGUUUGUUUAUAUCAUUAACACGUUGGAAAGAUAAUAAAAAUGUUAUUAUUAAUCAAUUUCAUUCACGUGAAGAACUUAUUCAAGUACUUAUUUGUUCAAGUUUUGUACCAUAUUGGUCAGGAAUUAUUCCACAUAAAUUUCGAGAAGAAUAUUAUUGGGAUGGUGGUUUAACUAAUAAUAAUCCAAUUAUUGAUGAAGAAACUAUUUUAGUUUCACCAUUUGCUGGUGAAAGUGAUAUAUGUCCACGAGAUGAAUCUGGAUCAUUUUAUAGUAUUGAUUUUAAAGGUACAGAUAUAUCAUGUACACAAGAAAAUUUAUAUCGAAUAACUCAUGCAUUAUUUCCACCAAAUAUUUCUGUUUUAAAACAAAUUUGUUGGCGUGGUUAUAAUGAUGGAAUAAAAUUUCUACAAACAAGAAAUAUGGUUAAAUCUUCACAUUUAAGUACAAAAACAACAAUAUCAUCUGUACUUGGUAGUGAAUAUACUGAACCAGCAAAUGACGAUGAAAAACAAUUAGCUAAUGGUGGUAUUGGACAAGAUGUUAAACGAAUGUAUGAAGAAGUUGAUGAUAGUGAAGAUGAAUCAAUAUAUGAUGAUAGAAAUUGUGAUGAAAGUUCAUGUCAAUCUGAUCAAGAAUCAAAUGGUGGUAGUAGUCAAGUAACAUUUAGUCCAUAUUGUGAAAAAGUUGUACGAAAAAAAGAAUUACCAACAUCAUUAUUUGCUGUAUUUGCUGAUGCAAGACAAAAAGAAGAAGAUCCAAUACGACGAUAUUUUACUGAGUCAAGAGUUUAUAAAGUUUGGUCAUUAAUGGCCUUACCAUUUACAUUACCAAUUGAUUUCACUUAUGCAGCGACGAAAAGAGUCAUAGGCGCUUUUCGUCCAUCACCUUAUACUAAUGAAUCAUCACAACCAAAUCGUGCAGUUAAUUUUCUCUGGUCAUUUUUUGGUGAUGAAAAUGAUGAUAAAUAUUGUUAUCAUGUUAAUGAUUGUGAAUGUACAGAAAGUCGAGCUUCUUCAUUAGGUCCUCAUCAUUAUCAACAACACCAACGACGACGUCAUCGACGUCGUCUUCGUCCAGCUGUUCCACUAGAUCCUACUCACACUCAUUUUAAUAAACAAAAUCAAACAAGUGCACAAAUUAGUACAGUAACAUCAUAUCAAUCAGAUUCGUCAAGUGAUAAUGAAGAAUCAACGACAAAUAAUGAUGAUACACAAGAAUUCUCAUCAGAAUCAAAUUUAAUUGAACAUUAUCCUCAACCAGAUAUAGUUAUGUCUACAAAAUCAACUAAUUUAAAUCAAGACUAUUGUCAUCAAUUACAACAAAUGGCUGAAUUAUCCAAUCGACAACGAUAUAAUGAACAAUCAUCAUCAUCAUCAACAAUAAUACCAUUUUUUGGUAAAGAUAAUCCUUUUAUGGAUACAGAACAUAAUGAAUUAAUAACAACAAAACUUGAAAAGAAUGUUUUAUUUGAUUAG